AUGGUCAACUACCAUUUGGUUAUAUUAGUACACGGGUACUGUAGUGUUUGGGGUAACUCAUCACAUUUAGCUUAUAUUGAGAAACAGCUUAUCGAAAACGUUAAACCAGAUGACGGAAGCAAAUUGCUAGUGUACAAAACGGGAUCACAUUCAGGGUACCUUACUUAUGAUGGUAUUGACGUCAAUGGGAAACGAAUAACUGAUGAGAUAUUAGAGCAGACACAACAAGUAAGAGAAAACGGGGAUACAGUGACGAAAUUCUCCAUUAUUGGGUACUCGUUAGGUGGUUUAAUAUCUCGAUAUGCCAUAGGGGUCUUGCUAAAACAAGGUUACUUUGACAAAAUUGAACCAGUCAACUUUGUAACCUUUUGCACUCCUCAUAUUGGUGUUCUGAAACCACACACUCGAAAUUUUUCAGUACGGUUGUACAACAAUAUUGCCCCUCAUUUCUUGGCCAUCACCGGCUCCCAAUUUUUUCUUAAAGACAAAGUCGGGGAGUUUAGCAAGCCACUUUUGGUAUGGAUGGCUGACCCAAAUUCAGUAUUCUACUUGGCGUUGAAGCAGUUCAAGUACAAAUCCUUGUAUGCUAACGUGGUUAAUGAUAAGCGGUGCUGCUGGUUUACUUCUUCGAUAUCCUUGACUGACCCAGUCAAUUCACUUUACAACAAAUUCCCCCAAAACAUCACUGCUGAAUAUAUCAAGGGCUAUGAGCCAAAUGUCAUUGAUGCUUCGAAACCAUUUUACUUUGAACAAAAAUCCAAGGAACAAACGUAUGGAGCGUCGUCUCGUCGUGGAUUGUUCUGGAAAACCUUGAAUUGGUGCAAGUUGAUAGGAACAAUCGCAAUAUAUGCUCCAAUAAUGGGUCUAUCAUUUGUUGUUUCUUCAAUUUACCAGCGAAUUCAAACUUUGAAUAGACUUCGCCAUUUCCACAGUGAAAAGUCAAACAAUUUGUCUCAUUUGUACGAAUACAACGAAAACACAUCGUUGUUCACCAACUUGUCGAAUAAGUUGGAAGAUGAGCAAGAUACUAUUGUUGAGGACAUGUACGGGGCCAUGAACUGGAAAGUGUCACAUUCAUCUUCGAAUUUCCCACCUAUUACAUUAGAUGAUUCACAAAAGUUUGCCGUUGAAAAAUUAAACACUUUGGGAUGGCAGAAGUUUCCUAUAAUCUUGAGGCAUACCACGGCAACCCAUGCUGGGGCUAUUGUUAGACACGCAGAUCCAAAUUUUGAUGAAGGGAAAGUCAUUGUUGGUCACUUUGUUGAGAAUGUUUUUAAACUAGAAUAG